CCCCGCCCCCUGUUAGCAACUUGUGGCUAGCUCGCUACCUGGAAGGACGCUGUUCCGAGGUUUAUUGUUCAGAGACAAUUCCGAGUCAAAGAUUAUCCGCUGUGACAUUAUUCGGUCAUUCAGGUCCAGAUGCAUGAGUCUGGGACAGAACCAAUAAGCCACACUAUUCCAGCUAUUCACUCAGAAAACGGGAAUAAUACUGAGAAUGAGAGUCGACUGAGGAGCAGUCAGACCCCUCCUCCAGAGGCACCCAGGGUUCCAGCGUCGCUGUCGAUGAUGACCCCUCCAGCAGAGGUCCCACAGCCACUACAGCAGAUGCUAGGCCCCCAGCAGCUCCAAGCGCUGCUCCAGCAGCAGAAAGCGCUCAUGUUACACCAGGUACUUUGGGUUUAUCAAUGUCAGAUGUUACACUUUGCAUCACAGCGACAGCAUUUCUAUUUCCUUUACAUAACUCUCAUUUCGUUAACAUUUCUCCAGCAACAGAUUCAAGAGGUCUUCAAGAAUCAGCAAGAACAGCUAAAUAUGCAGCUGCUGCAGCAGAAGAAUGCUGGGAUUGUUACUCAGGAGCUGACAGCUCAGCAGAUUGCUAUUCAGCAGCAGCUCCUUCAGAUGCAGCAGCAACAUCUCCUCAACCUGCAGAGGCAAGGCCUGCUGUCUGUCCUUCCCAGCAGCCCCACCACUGCACCAGGCUGUGAGAAUGGCAGCAUUCCCUCCUCUGGUGGAGAGACCAGAGAUUCCUUCUGCUCCAGUCAACAAUCUACCACCAAUGGUCAGCAUGCGUUGCCAAAGAGGAAAGACAGUCCACCACUAGAUGAAAAUGCACAGAACAGCCAUCCUCUGUAUGGAAAUGGAAUGUGCAAGUGGCCUGGCUGUGAGACCGUCUUUGGAGACUUUCAGGCAUUUCUCAAACAUUUGAACAGUGAACACACACUAGAUGACAAGAGUACAGCACAAUGCCGUGUGCAGAUGCAAGUGGUUCAGCAGCUGGAGCUACAGCUGAAAAAGGACAAAGAGCGACUACAAGCUAUGAUGGCUCAUCUAAAGUCCUCUGAGCCCAAACCAGCAGCACAGCCGGUGAAUCUUAUGUCCAAUGUAUCCUUCCCCCAGACAACGUUGCCCAAAGGCUCUCCUCUUUUGAGCCUGUCUCAGAGCGCCACAGCACCAUCCACGCCCCUGACGCCACUCUCUGACUCCCCGUCAGUCAUCACGCCCAGUAGCAUUUUCACUGGAACACCAGUACGGAGGCGAUACAGCCGGUCUGUGAGUCAAGAUAUCGUUGACAAUAAGGAUUUCUACUUGAGCACAGAAGUUCGACCUCCCUUUACAUACGCAUCUCUCAUCAGACAGGCAAUAUUUGAAUCACCUCGCAAUCAACUGACAUUAAAUGAAAUCUACAACUGGUUCACAAGAAACUUUGCAUAUUUUAGGAGUAAUGCAGCAACAUGGAAGAAUGCAGUGAGACAUAAUCUCAGCCUCCAUAAAUGUUUUGUGCGUUUGGAAAAUGUGAAGGGAGCUGUGUGGACAGUCGAUGAGAUUGAGUUCCACAGACGGAGGCCCCAGAAGACUGCUGGUAAUGGAUCUAUGCUGAGGAAUUCUCAGAGCCGUCAAUGCUUAGUCAGUUCUGCUGUGCAGAGUGGUGGUCUCGACUGCCACAAUCCUCUUUUCAACCCUGCUGCGAUGGGCAGCAUCUCGUUUCACUCGCUGCCGCACAUUCUGCAGGAGCAGGUGAACGGCGCUCUCGCUGGCGGAUCUGGAUACCAAAGUGACAGCAGUGCCACACAGUCUCCUCCUCAAGCUUUCAUUAAAGAGGAGCAGGAAGACGAAGGUGCAACUGAAAACUAUCUGUACGAAUCUCCAGAGAGCACCAACGAGCACGGCCACAGCCCAGAGAUGAUGAUCCAUGACGAAGACGGCAGCAGCCCAGAGACGCCAAACCUUCAGUUCGACCGCGUGCCUUCGCUCUGACUGCAAGGCCCGCCCACUCUCGACUCGUGCAACUUCACGAUUCCUCCCCAAUAAAUAAAUAUAUAAACACAACUGCUUCACCUUCAUAACCGAACAGUCUCUCAUGAAGGAAACACAUUUUUCAUCUUUUCUUAUCCCAUGACUUUAAUCAAGCUCUUGGUUCUGUCUGUAACGUCGAGUGAGUUCACAGAAACAUAAGUGAGACUAUUUGGAUUUUGUUUUUUUAAUUCAUUUUUAAUUUUUGUUUUAUAUCUGUACACAGAAGAACAUUAUGUAUGGAGAAGCCAAAGCAAAGGGAACAUUGAUGGUUAGCACUUCAGUUUUUCCCUUCUAUAUAGAUACAUUAUGUUAUGUUGGUGCCACACUACCUGAUUUUUAGUUUUCAGAAAAUAGACAAAGUUAAAAUUGUUGCUUUUAAACUGAAAAAAAAAAAUGUUCACUGCCAACAUGAUCUGAUAUAUUUCUAUUUAAGAUGUACUCGGUUGACCAAAAGAAUGAAAAGCUUCUUUAUAUUUGUUGGUGUUUUUCCACCUCAUAUCGUAAAUAUUGAUGAAUUACUUCUGAAUGAUCUCAUGAGAGUAGAUAAUGUAGAUUUACUGUUCCUGUAAACAAAUGCAUCUCUGAAUAAUAAAUUCCUCGUGAUAAAUGU